AUGGAGUUGGAGCACAGAGCCUACUGGGCCAUUAAGCAACUGAAUUUCAAUCUCACAAAGGCUGGCUCACUGAGGAAGCUUCAACUCAACGAAUUGGAAGAGAUGAGGAACGAUGCUUAUGAUUGGAAGCUCCGAUCUCAAUGGACAGGCAGAUUCAUUGUUCAUUCAGUAUUUUUUUAUGGGACCAUUGAGAUUGAGGAUCCAAAGAAUGGCAGUACUUUCAAGUUCGAAAACCAAGUCCUCAAUCCUUCAUCAUAUGAUCCCCUUUCUCAAAAAUCAUCAUUGGAAGAUACGCUGAAGGAAUUUAUGGAGAUAACUGGCCAAUCCACCAUUCAAGUUCUACAACCAGAGUAG